AUGGAUAACCUGACAUUUACAAAUAACAUUCUCCUUGUGGAGGGACUGAAAGUUGCACCUCAGGCUUCCUAUCUUGUUUUUAUCUUCCUUUUCUUUUUUUACAUCUUUGCAAUGGGAUGUAACAUUGGACUAAUAAUACUGAUUGGAAUGGAGAAGAACCUACAUCAUCCUAUGCAUUUUCUUUUCUGUAACCUUCCAGUGAAUGAUAUAAUAGGGACAACUGUCAUUUUACCACGCUUAAUGCAGGAUAUUUUCAGACAGGCUUCAGAGCGCUAUAUAACAUAUGUGGAGUGUGUUAUUCAAGCAUAUUUUGUUCACUUAUUUGCAACAGCAAGCCACACUGCAUUAGUAACCAUGGCUUAUGACAGACAAGUGGCUAUAUGCAAUCCAUUGCUAUACACAACUAUAAUGACCAAUAAAAUGGUGGUUAAAUUAUCAGCAAUAGCCUGGGCGCUGCCUGUAAUUGUAGUGGCAAUUAUGAUAGGUCUCACUGUACACCUGUCUCACUGCAGAUCUAAAAUUGAAAACCCUUUCUGUGACAAUGCUUCGCUUUAUAAAUUGUCCUGUGAAAAUGUGGCCAUUAAUAACAUGUUUGGAAUUGUUUAUUCUGUGGCAGCACUCAGCAUAUCAUUGACAUUGAUGUUUAUAACAUAUAUCAGGAUUGUUGCUGUAUGUAUAAUUAGCAAAAACAAAGCACUCAACAGUAAAGCCAUAAAAACAUGUGGCAGUCACAUAGCCGUUUAUUUAAUAAUGUUUGUUUCUUGCGCCAUCAUGAUUUUUCUCCAUCGUUUUCCUGAAUACUCUGAAAACAGGAAGCUAGCUAGUAUAAUGUUUCAUAUAGUACCACCAGGACUAAAUCCUAUAGUAUAUGGUUUACAAACUAAAGAGAUAAGACAAAAGAUUGUUCAACUGUGGUGGAAAAAAAAAGUUAAUAUGUUGUGA